AUGGCUAACCAAUCUCCCCCACAAUUCGAUCUAGAAAAGAUCAGGGCCGAGUCUGACGGCUCAUAUACCGGCAUGGCUCGCUCCAUGUUUGACCAAGCCGUCUUGAACAACCCAUACUUUGCCGCUGGUGGUGGUCUUAUGCUUCUAGGCACCGGUUUGGCUUUGGCCAGACUGGGUGUUGUCAAGUCAAGUGGUUUCAUCUACAGACAGCUUCUCGUGGACUUGGAGAUUCCUUCCAAGGAUAAGUCCUACUUGUGGUUCUUGGAAUGGAUGUCUCAGUAUAAGCAUCGUUCGCUGAGACACUUAUCGGUGGAGACGAACUACGUUCAGCAUGAUAACGGUGCUGUUUCUACGAAAUUCUCGCUUGUGCCUGGUCCAGGUAAGCACUUGAUUAAGUAUAAGGGUGCUUAUAUGCUUGUGAACAGAGAGAGAUCAGGUAAGCUCUUGGAUAUGACUUCGGGUACGCCUUUCGAGACCGUUACUUUGACUACUUUGUACAGCGACAGACAUGUGUUCCUGGACUUGCUUGCCGAGGCUAAGAAGAUGGCCUUGAAGGCUCAGGAAGGAAAGACUGUGUUGUACACGGCAUGGGGUCCCGAAUGGAGACCAUUUGGCCAGCCUCGGAAGAAGAGAAUGCUAGGAUCGGUCAUCCUAGAUGAAGGUGUCAGCGAAUUGGUUGUCAACGACGUGAAAGACUUCUUGGGCUCUGGAGAGUGGUAUCACCAGCGUGGUAUUCCAUAUAGAAGAGGCUACUUGCUUUAUGGACCUCCAGGAAGCGGAAAGACCUCUUACAUCCAGGCUCUUGCUGGUGAGCUAGACUAUAACAUUUGCGUCUUGAACCUUUCUGAAGGCCAUUUGACUGACGACAGACUCAACCACUUAAUGAACCAUAUUCCAAACAGAUCCAUCUUGCUCCUUGAGGACAUCGACGCCGCUUUCAACAAGAGAGAGCAGACCAACGAGCAAGGCUACCAGUCUGGCGUUACUUUCUCGGGUCUUUUGAACGCUCUAGACGGUGUCGUCUCGGCUGAAGAGUGCAUCACCUUCAUGACAACCAACCAUCCAGAAAGACUUGACCCUGCGUUGCUUCGUCCUGGCCGUGUGGACUUCAAGGUCAUGGUCAACAACGCCACUGAAAGCCAGGUCAGACGCAUGUUCUUGCGUUUCUACGAGGACCAAAAAGAACUCUGUGAAAAAUUUGUCCAGAAGUAUAGAGAGCUCGGCCUCGAGGGCAAGGUCAGCACAGCGCAGCUCCAGGGCUUGUUUGUUUACAACAAGAAAGACGCCCAGGCUGCUUAUGACAUGAUAGACACGUUAAAAAACCCAAAUAGUGUAUUUUGA